CGACUGAAGAGUGUACCGGGUAGUUUGUUUGAGGUGUUGUCGGAACUGAACGAAACCGUUGCGUCCGCUUGUCCGGGGGCUCAAUUAAACCAGAGCUCUCGGUUGAAGAGAUUGAGUGUUUCGGUAGCUGGUGUGAUUUCUGCCAUGGUUAUGCAAUGAUUGUCGUCGCUGCGAGGUGACUUGACCUCCUCCUCGAAGCUAAAAGUCCGGAUAAUCCUAAUUCAUGAUUCUCGAUACCCUGGAUACGAGGUGUGUAAGCAUGCCGAACGAUCUCACGAAAGAGUACUCCAAGCGUUUCCCGUGAGCAGUUUCAAGUCAAACUGAAGUGCCAGCCGACAAAUCGACCAGCAAAGCAGAGAGUCGACUGUAGAAGCAAUCGUGCAAUUCAACGUACCUCUGUUCCGUCCUUCACACUCUCCACGAGUAGCUGAGAGCGGAUUCAACAGCCCAUACUCAAAGAUAAAGGAUCAGAGUUUAUCCCUCCUAGAUACCUGCCCAGGCUGCUUCGAUCUGAUGAGCUCGAAGAUCAGCUGAAGCUUGAUAGCGGGGAGGUCUGCCUCGAAUAAAAGGCGGUACCCGUGUGGACCUUUGGUGCAUGGUUGAGCUCAUCACUGUGCAGUAUAUCGAGGUGUCGUUCAGUCUUCUUUCAGCUGAGGUUGUUCCUUCGUCUCCACAACGCAGUCUAUAAGCCAGAGUUCUUGCAUUGGGUUGCGUUGCUCUUCCAUCAGUCGUUUAAGCACCUCUGUGUGAGAGGGGGAGGAGCUGUUGGGCUGGCUGGCUGCAUGCAUGCUGAGCUAGUGGCUUCUAACACCAAAGGAAAAGUCCAGUGAAUCAUUCCGAGCCAUAUUUUUUCAGUCUGAUUCACGUGGUUCGCAAUGGGGGCUGGUUGUUCAUGUUUUCGAGGGCCCGCUGCGACCCCCGGAGAUAGCAAGACCAGUGCCGAUGGAAAAAUUAAAACUGUGGUGCUACUCGUGAUGGAGAAUCGGUCCUUCGAUAACAUGCUCGGAUUUCUGCUCCGGGAUUUCAAAUCCGAGUAUCCUGGAGUGGUCCCCGGUUCGCAAACGGCGUCGGAUUUCCUCCAAGGGGAUGAAUUCAACCUCAUAGCCGAUCCAAACGAUCCAAAACAAACGGUGAAGGUGCCUAUCACUGACAAUUCACCUUACAUCACCAAGGCGGACCCCCCUCACGGAUUCGCAGCCAUCAGAAGGCAGGUCUACGGAACAGACUCCAGCACAGGACCAGCGACGAUGAGUGGAUUCGCCACCGAAGCCGAAAGCGAACAGGCUGGCUUCGCUCCCGAGGUCAUGAGUGCCUUCCCCACAAACAAAAUUCCUAUCACGGCCGCACUGGCCAGGGAAUUCGCGCUCUGCACCCGAUGGUACGCCUCGCUGCCUUGCUCCACCCAGCCCAACAGAUUCUUCGUCCACUCGGCCACGUCCCAGGGAGCGAUCAGCAACGUGACUCUGGAUCUGAUCAAAGGCUUCCCUCAAAAAACCGUCUUCGAGUCAGUCGAAGAGUCGAACAAGUCCUUUAAAAUCUACUACCAAAAUAUUCCCGCCACCCUCUUCUUGUCGAAUCUGCGCAGCUUGAAGUACAUCGACAACUUCGCGCCGUACAGCUCCUUCCUGAAAGAUGCCAAGGCUGGAAAGUUGCCCAACUACACGGUCGUCGAGCAGCGGUACUUCGAGUCGCCCUUCGCUCCGGCUAAUGACAAUCACCCGCCCCACGACGUCAGACUCGGCGAGGAGCUAAUUAAAGAGGUUUACGAAGCUCUGCGCAGCAGCCCGCAAUGGGAAGAGACGCUGUUCAUCAUCACUUAUGACGAGCACGGAGGCCUGUACGACCAUGUUCCCCCUCCCUCGACUGGCAUCCCGGCUCCGGACGACUUGAUAGGACCGUCACCUGAUUUUUUCAAGUUCGACCGCCUCGGUGUCCGAGUUCCUACCAUCUUGAUCUCGCCUUGGAUACCCCGCAACACUCUUGUGGGCGAGCCCAAAGGACCGACACCUGAUUCUCACUUCGAGCAUUCUUCCAUCGCAGCGACCUUGAAAAAACUCUUCAACUUGAAGUCCUUCUUGACCAGACGCGAUGCGUGGGCUGGCACUUUCGACGACGUGCUUUCUCUCUCUGAGCCACGAAAGGAUUGCAUAGUCACUCUCCCUGCCGUGCCCCCACCAGAUGCCACUGAUCGUUCGAUGCCAGCUGGAGAAGUGAGCGCAGCAGGGUGUCCUCUCCAUGAAUGGCAGCAAGAGUUGGUCCUACUGGCUUAUGUUUUGAGUGGACAAACAGGGCCCGAUGCUCCCAAAACCUGCGCCGAAGUUGCACAGAGAAUGAAUACGGAAGAAGCUUGCGACUUUGUGGAGAAGGCGGUGUCUACUUUUCUGCAGCGAGGACAGGCAUCUGCUUCCCAGUAGGUGGACGGUUCAAGGGGGCGUCUCUUUGUAUAUAUACAGUGCCAGAUGAUUUGGCUAUCGACCCCGGUUACUCACUUCACUGAAAGAUUGGGACUUCGCAGGGUACUGGUGGAUCAGUUCCACAUCUCGUGAGGUUUGUAUAAUGUGUAUCUCGCACCUCCUAUGACUUAUAGCAUGUUUUGAUUUUGUAGCGAUGAUGACUGCUCAUCGCCGACGCAUGAGCGAUCAAGUUUCAUCUGAAAGCCGCAUGGUUCCGGAUGAAAGCAACAAAACAAUGAGGACUACACAUCGAGAUUGUUUUGGUGAAUUUGAUUUGUAUCAUACUGAGGCGACAAGAUCGACAAGAUACAACAAACUCAAAAUACGACCGUGCUGGGAAAGGCGUGCUACUGAAGCACUCGCUUCACGCGAAGACACUGAAAGGCACACGUCUCAUGACAACCAGUUGCCUCCGGGUUCCAUGUUCCUACGGGUAUUUUGCAACCAGCCUAGAUACUUUGAGAAUGCCCAGGGUUUGUCACACAGAUGAUUCUUGUAGGUCUGUAAAUAUACAUGUUAGGGGUUUCUCCAGAUCUUCAGAUUUAUUCGAACAUAGCUCAUAGCUGAAGUGGAGCAGAGUUGGACGGUGUCUUUAGGCUAGCAAGUCCAGCUCACACCUGUGUUGUUCACGUUACUUGGACUUCCGCAAUGUACUUUUACCUCUAAAUUCAAGGUUUGAAAUACUUUAAGAUGGUGUGAUUCAUGUUACGAAGCUAAGGAUAUGCUAUCCCUCGACAUCAGUCUUAUCUAGAAUUAAUAUUAACAGCAUCCUCCAAUAAACUUAUCUAGAUCUAGCGCAUGACCCAUGAAAGCGGCGACGCCAUCACAAAACCACAAGGCCAACACCAUAACGCACCCCGACAUGU